AUGCUGCCUCCUGAACAAGAAAACAGCACUACAAACAGUAUCAGCAGAGGCACAUCUGUCAACAGCCUACCCGAUAACAUAUCCCUACAUAUCGAACGGCCCGUAUCAUCCAGCAAUGUCAGCCCGUUCCCUGAUCACAAUCGAACGUCUCACAAAGAUGGAACGAGAUAUUCCGUUUUACGAGAAUCCAUAUACCCUGUUACUCUUCAGUUUGAGGAUGUAUCCUACACAAUUAAGUUGCAAAACAGUGAAACGAGCCUCUGUUGCUCAUCGGAAACAAAGGUAACGCGCAGGAUACUGAACAGCGUUAGCGGGCUCGUCCGGCCCGGGGAGCUCCUUGCAAUGCUGGGCCCGUCGGGCAGCGGGAAAACAACACUCCUCACGGCCCUUUCGGGCAGGCUGCCAGGAAAAGUAUCGGGCUCGAUAAAGUACAACGGGCUGCCACUGUCCAGCUCCAUAAAAAGGAAAACGGGCUUCGUGACCCAAGAUGACGUGCUUUACCCGCACCUGACUGUGUUGGAGACUCUCACUUACACGGCCCGGCUCAAGCUGCCGAGCUCCCUGUCCAAAGAGGAGAAAAUCGAGCAGGCGGAGAUGAUUAUAGUGGAGCUUGGGCUCACCAGAUGCCGGAAUAGUAUCGUCGGGGGCCCCUUAUUGAGGGGGAUUUCAGGUGGAGAGAGAAAGAGAGUUAGUAUUGGGCAAGAAAUGUUGGUGAAUCCUAGCCUUUUGUUGGUGGAUGAGCCGACAUCAGGGUUGGAUUCCACCACGGCCCAAAGGAUCGUGGGCACACUGCGUUGGGCAGCGCGUGGUGGGAGGACAGUGGUGACGACAAUCCACCAGCCAUCGAGCAGGCUUUUUAGGAUGUUCGAUAAGGUUAUUGUGAUGUCCGAUGGGUGCCCGAUAUACAGCGGUGGCGCGAAUCGGGUGAUGGACUAUUUUGCAUUCAUCGGUUAUGUGCCUGGGUUUAAUUUUAUGAACCCCGCUGAUUUUCUCCUCGAUCUUGCUAAUGGUGUGACAAAUGAUUCAGAAGAAGAUGAAGAAAAUCAUGUUGGAGAAGAACAUCAUGAUGAUACUCAAUCUACAAAACAAUUUCUCAUAUACUCUUACAAAAAGAAUUUACUUCCUCUUCUCAAAGAAGAAAUUCACAAAGCCAAUCACGAUCAACCCUCUUCCCGAAGGUCAUCGCCAUCCCGAAGAAAUCAAUGGGCCAACAGUUGGUGGUUGCAGUUCAAGGUGCUAUUAAGCAGGGGCCUUAAAGAAAGAAAACACGAGUCUUAUUCCGGAUUAAGAAUAUUCCAAGUCCUGUCUGUUGCAAUUAUUUCUGGACUUUUAUGGUGGCAUUCCGACGCUAAUCGCAUUCAAGAUCAGGUUGGAUUGCUUUUCUUCUUCUCAAUCUUUUGGGGAUUUUUCCCUCUAUUCAACGCGAUCUUCGUUUUCCCACAAGAAAGGCCCGUUCUUGCACGAGAACGCUCCUCGGGAAUGUACCGCCUGUCGUCAUAUUACAUAGCUAGAAUCGUGGGUGACUUGCCGAUGGAGCUUGUGCUCCCGACUAUUUUCGUUACGAUUUCGUAUUGGAUGGGUGGCCUAAAGCCAUCCCUCAUCACAUAUCUUCUAACCCUUUCGAUCAUCCUUAUCAACGUGCUCGUAGCACAAGGUCUUGGGUUAGCCUUAGGCGCGGUAUUGAUGGACGUAAAACAAGCGACAACUCUAUCGUCCGUAUUGAUGCUAGUGUUUCUACUUGCAAGUGGCUAUUACAUUCAGCAUAUCCCAUCAUUUAUUGUCUGGCUCAAGUACAUCUCUUUCAGUCAGUAUUGUUACAAGCUUCUUGUAGGGGUGCAAUAUUCGUACGAUGAGGUGUACGACUGUGGAUUGGGUUCGAUCUGUAGGGUUGCUGAUUCUCCAGCGAUAAGGAACCUUGGGGCUCAUGAUCAUAUGCUCACAGACAUUGUUGCUUUGAUGCUGAUGUUGGUAGGUAACAACCCUAAUUCCUUCUCCCCAAAUUUCGCCGCCGUCUUCGUCCCUCAAUCUGCAAUUUGUGUGCCUCCUCAGCGGCUGACCAGCUUCGCCGGUGGUCAGCCCUCCACCGUUUCUCUCAUUCCCUGUUCGUGCACCUCUCUUCGGCGCAAUAGAGAAGGGGUUAGGGAGGCCGGGUCUGUUCUCGAUUUUCCGAUGUCCGAUUUCUAUGGUGGUUCUGAGAGGGUUGUCGUCGGGGCUGGAGUGGCUUGGGUGGCUUGUGGCGUACCGGUCGGAUUAGGGUGGUCGUGGCCGAGGCGCUUUUCUUGCUCCCGUUUUCUUUCUCUGCUCCCUGGUGUGCGGUCGGAGAGAAGGCCGAUGCACGGGUCCCGGUCAGUGGUGGUGGUCGGACUUGGUGUAGCGGCGGUGAGGGGUGGCGAGGUUGCUUGUCCUCAGUUGUGGACGGUCCUAGCCGGUGAUCGUUCGUAG